GAUGUGUUUUCAGAGAGAGCAAAGGAAUGUCUCGAGGAAGGUAACAAGAAAUACAAACAAGGAGAAACUAAGGAGGCGAUAAACUUCUACACGGAAGGACUUCAAGUGAACUGCAAAGAUAUACGGCUGAACGCCAAGCUUUACAGCAACAGGGCAGCAGCUUAUUUCCAUUUGGGUAAGAAUUAGUUUUGAAACUUCUAAAAUCUUUACAUAGCCAAAAUAAUGAAAUACAUAAUCUGUACCCAUUUCAAACAGGAUUUUAUCCACUCCUGUUGUCUUUCCUGCACUUUGUGCAUCUUUCCUCACCUCGUAACCCAAAUGAAAUCGGCAAAAUGAACAUUUCAUGUAUAACAAAUACGCGGAAAUGCUCCUUAAAAGAAAUAAUUCUUAAGUAAUCUUUCAUUGCAUUUUUGAGAAGUCCCUAUCGCAUUUUUUAAUAAUCCAAGAUUAUAGCCCUCUUACACGGCAUUACGUCCAACCUCGCCAAUCGUUGUGACUCGCUUUUGUGCAAAUUGUCUCCAGAGGAGACAUUUUCCUCGAGAAUAAGCUUGGAAUCACUGGCAUGUGUGACAUUAACAAUGAUAUCGGAGAUUUGAAUGGUAAAAUUUUGGCAUAAGGCAUGGGCCAAAAGGAAGAUCUCAUUGUCAAAUGUCAAAUAGCAGAACUAGUCAAAAUCUUCUAAUUUUAGAACUCGCUCUAAAUAACAACAUUCUGAGAAUCAUGGGAUUCUUUUAGCUCCAUAAAAGAGAUAACGGCUCAGAGAUUUCCUCAGUUACGAACUGAGUCGUUGAUAUUGAAGCUUCGAAGGGAUGGACGCAUUGAAGGGCCAUACACUUUAAGACAAACAAAAGCUAUAAAAAACGAAAUUUCCAAAUCCAAAUCAUCUGUUCAUCUUUAUUUAGAUGUUCAAGGUUGCAAAUAACAACAAUAAAUGUUUUUGUUCUUAUUACUAAGCAUCUUGUUUCCUGACGGAAAUUUUAGUUAAAAAGUUUGGAAUAUCGUAGUCAGAUAAUGUGGAUAUGAGUCGGCUUUCUCAGCCUAAGAAGCCAAAUUCUGUGUGGUACAAAAAUGAUACAAAAGAAACCUAGAGAUGCUUCUUUUGAUAUUUAUCCUGAAAAACGAAAUCUUUGAUGUGCGUAGAAUUGCCUAACAUGAACUCCCAAUGUUAGCUGCUUGUGACCCUACUCAUGCAGUUUCCAAUUUUAAAAUAUCCAUAGCCAAGGGGCAAGUAGCAAAAACCGUGUGUGGCGCUGGGCAAUUUAGUACUAUCAACUAAGUAGAUAACGUUAAUUUAUGGGAAUAGUCUCGUGACCAUAUUCCCACCAAUAGCCUAGCUCAAUUUUCUGCAUAUAACUUGACACACACAACCCACAAUGAUUUCCACUGCAAUUUGAGAAUUAUCUCAAGUAAAGUUUUCAAAGCCUGUCCAAAUUGCACAAGCACCAGGGCGAGGGAAAUUUGUAGUCGUUGAAAAUUUACGAGUGCUAAUUUAUUCCAAAUUGCACGCGAAAUAUCAUGUGAUUACCAGAUAAAACAUACAAGCAAAAAUAUGACUCUGUUUCCCUUUUUAGUGUCUUUAUUUCGUGUCAAGGCUCGCCAAUUGUUGCCGAAGUAGUUGAGUUUUUUUUCAAUAAUUUGCUUCAAACUUUUUAAACCUCUCUAGAGAAUAACUGAGUGUUUAUACCUUACCUCUGUUAUGUAUCGAUCGACAGCAGUAACCAUCACACGAAAGUUAUCACUCUCGCAAUCUCCCCCGUCUUUCGUGCCAAUUGUUGCGUAAAAUUCAUCGAUAAUUUUAUUGAGGGCCUCCGGUUUAUACUUUCAUAUUUGUUCUUGUAAGCCAGACUAGUAGCCAGUUUUUGUUCCUUUGUUGUGGGUUUUUAGUUUUAGCAUUUUCCCUCAAACUUUGAGUUAAAACGUUGCUACUUUCUUCAUUAUGUUUUGUUUUGCUUUCGCGGCUUACCUGUCAAUUAAUUUAACCUCAACUUUCUGCACUUAACUUCAACUUUCUACUCUGUUUGGAAUUAAUUGACGUGUUCUCAGCCAAUAAGCACGCUGAAAUUUUUGCAUGUGUAUUAUUAGCACGCAAGUCGACGUGCGAUGACGACUCACGGGUAAUUAUUGAAUUCCGCAGAAAACUACGUAGAAUGUCUUAAUGAUGCAACAGUUGCCGUUCAAUUGGAACCCACUUUGAUCAAAGCGAUUAAGAAAGGUGCGUGUUUCAGCUAUGAGUCAUCUAACCUCUUUUUUGAGAUCUCUUCCAAGGGAACUGUAUAGAUUAAGCAGCUAACUGUAACUCGGGUGUCAAUGAUAUCUAACGCAUCAAUAUCUGCUACGUAGGUAAAAAGUAUUUUCCAAACCAAGUCAAAACUUAUCAAAAGCUUAAACAUGAUUUAAAGCUGUUUUGUCAAACACGGUUUGAUUUUUGUUCUUCAUAGAAGCUCCACAAACCCCUUGUUUAUCGACUUAAAAUGUAACACAUUUGAAAUACAAGUUAGCAAUUACUUAAAUCUAUGGAAAACUCAGUUUUCUAGAUCUCUGUUUCUGAUUUUCAGUCAGAAAACCAUGUUUAACUAAACAUGUUUUGCUUGUUAUUACCCUCUCAGGAGCCAGUGCUUGUGUCGAGCUAUCCUUGCUUGAAGAGAUAAGGAGCUGGUUGCAGAUGGGAUUGGACGUAUCCUUUGACGAG